AUGGAACACACGGAAGGUGGAAAUCGGACCGCGCAGGUGACUGAAUUCUUGUUCCUGGGCUUUUCCGGCAUCCCCAAAGGCCACCCUUUCCUCUUUCUGCUCUUUCUGGCCAUCUACCUGAUCACCUUGGUGGGCAACUCCGUGAUACUCAUUUUGAUCCAGCUGGAUUCACGCCUCCACAGUCCUAUGUACUAUUUCCUCAGCCAUUUGUCCUGCUUAGACAUUUGCUAUUCCUCGGUCACCCUCCCCACCAUCCUGGUGAACUUCUUGCGCCAGCAGCCCAUCAUUUCCUAUAACGACUGCAUGGCCCAGAUGUUCUUUCUGAUGACAUUUGCAGGAACUGAAUGCGCACUGCUGGCUGUCAUGGCCUACGACCGCUAUGCUGCCAUUUGCGAACCUUUGCGCUAUUCUCAACUCAUGAGUAGGAGGGUGCGAGUCCCUCUGGCUAUGGCUUCGUGGCUCUGGGGCCUUCUCGACUCAGCCAUUCACACUGCAUUAGCCACCGAUUUGGCCUUCUGUGGAGCCAACCAGAUCCAUCACAUCUUCUGCGAUGUCCCUCCACUCUUGAAAAUUGCUUGCAGUGACACGUAUGUUAAUGAGGUAGCUCUUCACACAGCAAGUGUUUUUGUGGGUCUGUGUCCUUUUGUCAUUGUUAUCAUUUCAUAUAUCUACAUCAUAUCUACAAUUCUGAAAAUCCGCUCUAACACUGGAAGGAGAAAGACCUUCUCCACAUGUGCUGCCCAUUUAAUUGCAGUCAUCGUCUACUUUGGGAUGGCGAACUUGAAUUACAACCGUCCCAGUGCAGGCUACUCCUUGGGGGUGGACACCCUGGUCUCCACCCUGUAUUGUAUCAUCACUCCCAUGCUGAAUCCCCUGAUCUACAGCCUCCGCAACAAGGAGGUCAAAGGAGCCCUACAAAAACUUCUGAGCACUCAGGAGAAGGAAUAG